GAAUACUCAACUAAAUGUACAUGCGUAGGUGUCAUGUAGGGCAGUAUAAAUACAGUUGCAGACUCAAACGUAGUAGACAAAGUCGGCAAUUCUUUAAGAGUAUUUUAGGUAAAGAUUGAACUAAACGUAACAAUGUUUAGAAUGAAGAUAUGUGUGAUGCUGUUGGUGUCAUUUGUUACAGCAUUUGAUUUGAAAUUUGAUUACCAGAUAAGUGAAGGGAAGGCCAGAUUUGUUGAAAAUAUAGAAACUAAUCUAGGAAAGAAUAUAGUUAAAAUUCAUACUCCAGCGCACAACGAUAUUCUCGAAUCAUACCUUAUGCAAGAUUUCCAAAAGGGUAUGCAAAUAAGGUGUCUUCCAUCUUUACUUCAAUGUAAACUGAGGGUUAUUGAUAGAAAGACUUCGUCCGAUGCUGGUAAAGUUACAGAGUCAUUUGUACACAGCUGGAAUAAAGGUACAAACAGUAUAACAAGCAUCAAUGCAACAGUGGUAAUAGAGAUGUACUAUGUUGAUGACAAAGAAGUAGUUGACACUGUUGCAAUUGGGGAAGACUUGAGGAGAUUUUAUGAAAGCUUUGAAUAUCCUCUUUAUUUGGAAAAGAAAAUACCCAGUGACGCUGAAGUACUCAACAUAACCAAUUCUUCCGGAAGACGGUUUAAAAGGACAUUCAUUCCACUAAAUUUAAACAAUUGCAAGGGACAACAACCAAAACAAGUUUUUGGUGUUGAUACUGGAAGAUCAUGAAACUAUCUGAAGAUAUGUAAAGAUAUUGAAUUGGUUAACGGUGUACAGGUAUUCGGAGAUUGUGGCAAUAUUCACAUUUUGUCACCGCUUGCAUAUAUUUGUGUGUGCUGUCCACAAGUCAAAGCCAUAAACAUAUACAGUAACGAUUGUUCUUGUACAAAGAUGGGACAGGCAAGCAGAGGGUGAACAAACGAGACGGAUAUUUUUGCAUAAUAAAAGAAAACUUUAUGUAUUUUA